CACCGUAUUUGCGAGUCCAUCUGAUUUAGAUCAAGAGGACUUUCCAAUGGAGAACCUCCCCUCACCUGCUCCUGUGUCUGCUCCAGUCCCUGAGGAGCCUCGGGUUGCGGCCCUCCCCUCACCUGCUCCUGUGUCUGCUCCAGUCCCUGAGGAGCCUCGGGUUGCGGCCCUCCCCUCACCUGCUCCUGUGUCUGCUCCAGUCCCUGAGGAGCCUCGGGUUGCGGCCCUCCACUCACCUGCUCCUGUGUCUGCUCCAGUCCCUGAGGAGCCCUGGGUUGUGGCCCUCCCCUCACCUGCUCCUGUGUCUGCUCCAGUCCCUGUGGAGCCUGGGGUUGCGGCCCUCCCCUCACCUGCUCCUGUGUCUGCUCCAGUCCCUGAGGAGCCUCGGGUUGCGGCCCUCCACUCACCUGCUCCUGUGUCUGCUCCAGUCCCUGAGGAGCCCUGGGUUGUGGCCCUCCCCUCACCUGCUCCUGUGUCUGCUCCAGUCCCUGUGGAGCCUCGGGUUGCGGCCCUCCACUCACCUGCUCCUGUGUCUGCUCCAGUCCCUGAGGAGCCUUGGGUUGCGGCCCUCCCCUCACCUGCUCCUGUGUCUGCUCCAGUUCCUGUGGAGCCUCUGGUUGCGGCCCUCCCCUCACCUGCUCCUGUGUCUGCUCCAUUCCCUGAGGAGCCUCGGGUUGCUGCCCUCCCCUCACCUGCUCCUGUGUCUGCUCCAGUCCCUGAGGAGCCUCGGGUUGCGGCCCUCCCCUCACCUGCUCCUGUGUCUGCUCCAGUCCCUGAGGAGCCUCGGGUUGCGGCCCUCCCCUCACCUGCUCCUGUGUCUGCUCCAGUCCCUGAGGAGCCUCGGGUUGCGGCCCUCCUCUCACCUGAUCCUGUGUCUGCUCCAGUCCCUGAGGAGCCUCGGGUUGCGGCCCUCCACUCACCUGCUCCUGUGUCUGCUCCAUUCCCUGAGGAGCCUCGGGUUGCGGCCCUCCCCUCACCAAUGUCUGCCCAGGUACAGGUACAUUUUAAUCAGAGCCAUAAACACAAGUAUUGCCAAUUUUAUUGUAAAAAAAAGUUUAUAUUCAUGUUUUAAAUUACUGUUUGUUUUAUUUACAGCAAAAUAAUGAAGAUGUUUUUGUGGAUAUGGAAGUUUAUUACAACUCUGUACCUCAGUAAGUUUAACAACGUCUCUCCAUUUUUCGUCUUUACCUUUUAAAUAUUACAUGGG